UCGAGUCUCCACUAUUUCCUCUCUCUCAGUAAAAGCAACACAAAAAAGAGAAGUACUAUUCAACGCCAGGUCUGUUUCUCAGUCACUCUCUCUCUCUACUCUUCCCUUUCUUGAAAGAAAAAAGAAGAAAAUACAGACAGAGGGAUAAAGUGAGUGAAAGCGCGAGAAAUACUGGAAAAAAAAGAGUGGUAGAUCGUUUAAUUUUAGGGUUUUAAAAUGGCGAGCCCGAUUACUCCAGGUAGUGUUAGGGGUCUAUCAAUAACGCCAGGAGCUAGGGUUUGGAAGACACCUCUUAGUGACGAGACAAUUUGGAAGCGGCUUAAAGAGGCUGGUUUUGAUGAAGAAUCUAUUAAAAGAAGAGAUAAGGUUGCUCUUAUUUCAUAUAUCGUUAAACUUGAAUCCGAGAUCUAUGAUCUUCAACACCACAUGGGUCUUCUCAUAUUGGAAAGAAAAGAGUUGGCUUCAAACUGUGAGCAAAUCAAAACAUCUGCUGAAACAACUGAACUGAAGCAUAAGCGUGAUCAAGCUGCCCACUUGUCUGCUUUAGCUGAAGCAAGGAAAAGAGAAGAGAGCUUGAAGAAGGCUUUGGGAGUUGAGAAAGAGUGUAUAGCAAGUAUCGAGAAGGCCUUACAUGAGAUGCGUGCUGAAUCUGCUGAAAUUAAGGUUGCAGCUGAUUGCAAAGUGGCUGAAGCACACAGUAUGGUGGAAGAUGCUCAGAAAAAGUACACAGAUGCUGAAGCAAAACUGCAUGCUGCAGAAGCUUUACAAGCAGAAGCUACCCAGUAUCGCCGAGCUGCAGAAAGAAAGCUCCAGGAAGCUCAAGCUCGGGAAGAUGAUCUUAGCAGGCGUAUCAGCACUUUCAGAGCUGAUUGUGAUGCAAAAGAGAAAGAGAUUGAUCUCGAGAGGCAAACCUUGAGCGAGAGAAGAAAACUUCUGCAACAGGAACAUGAAAGAGUACUUGAUGGACAAGCUUUGCUGAAUCAGAGGGAGGAUUACAUUGCUAGCAAGUCUCAAGAGUUAGAUUGUCUGGAAAAGGAGUUAGAGGCCUCAAAAGGAAGUGUUCAGGAGGAACUUAGAGCCUUGAAUGACGAGAAAUCCAAGUUGGGGGUGACAGUCGCUUCCUUGUCUCAAAGAGAACAGGCAGUUGUUGAGAGGGAAGCUCUGCUAAACAAGAGAGAACAAGAUCUGCUUAUUAUGCAAGAAAAAUUGGCAAGCAAGGAAUCUGUCGAGAUUCAGAAAGUUAUUGCCAAUCAUGAGACUCUUCUAAGAACAAGGAAGUUAGAGUUUGAAGCUGAGUUGGAGAUGAACCGCAAACUGGCAGAAGAUGAAAUUGAGGCUAAGAGACGAGCUUGGGAAUUGAGGGAGGUGGAUCUUAGUCAACGAGAGGAAUUAUUGAAUGAAAAGGAACAUGACUUAGAGGUGAAGUCAAGAGUGUUGGCUGAUUUGGAGAAGGAUGUGACAGAAAAAGUGAAUUUUCUUGAUGAGAAGGAAAGAUGCCUUAAUGCUGCUGAAAAGGAGAAUGAAUUGAGGAGAGCCCUUCUUGAUCAACAAAAAAAUGAAAUUAACAAAAUGAAGUUAGACAUAGAGAAGUCUUUGAACAGUUUAGAGAAUGAAAAGAAGCAAGUUGAUUGUGCGAAAGAGAAACUGGAAACUAUGAAAAAUGAAACAAAUGAGCUUGCUGUUUUGGAGACAAAACUUAAAGAAGAGGUUGAUAUGCUUAGGGCCCAAAAGGUGGAACUUAUGGCCGAAGAAGAUAGAUUGAAAGUUGAGAAGGCAAAAUUUGAAGCUGAGUGGGAGCUGAUUGAUGAAAAAAGAGAGGAACUGCGGAUAGAAGCUGAGCGUGUAGCUGAAGAGAGACAAUCUGUCUGCAGGCUACUUAAAGAUGGGCGAGAUAGCCUAAGAGUAGAGAAGGAAACAAUUCGAGAACAGCAUAAGCAUGAUGUUGAGUUACUAAACCAUGAGCGAGAGGAGUUCAUGAACAAGAUGGUGCAAGAGCGUUCUGAGUGGUUCAACAAAAUUCAAAAGGAGCAUGCCGACUUCCUAUUGGGCAUUGAGAUGCAGAAGAGAGAGCUGGAGAACAGUAUUGAGAAGAGGCGUGAAGAGAUAGAAUGUUAUUUAAGGGACCAAGAGAAAGCCUUUGAGCUAGAAAAGAAAAAUGAGCUUGAACAUAUUAGCUCUCUUAGGGAGAAAGCAGCCAAAGAGUUGGAACAGGCUGCUUUAGAAAUGAAGAAGCUCGACUCCGAGAGGAUGGAGAUAAAUUUGGAUCGUGAUCGAAGAGAUAUAGAAUGGGCUGUGCUGAAUAAAUCCAUUGAGGAACUUAAGGGUCAAACUCAGAAAUUAGAAAAACAGAGGGAACUAUUGCAUGCAGAAAGAGAGGAGGUUUGCGCUCAGAUUGAACACCUGAAAAAGUUGGAAGAUUUGAAGCUUAUGUUGGAUAACAUGGAAUUGGCUAAGAUGCAACAGUCCAACAUGGAGUCUAGCCAGAAGAAAAUAUCUGCAAUAAGAGAUUUGAGGCAGGAGUCCACUGUUAAAAAUGCUGAUAAGAUUUCAUACAAAAGAGUAGAGAAUGGUAACAGCGGAGAUGUUCUUGAUUCUCCAUCUAUGCAAAAACUGGAUGUUAGUCCAUCGCCUGGGUCUGCUCGUUUCUCUUGGAUCAAGCGUUGCACUGAACUGAUAUUCAAAGGUUCACCUGAAAAGCCUUUAUUGAAGAGUGAAGAAGAGUCUUUAAUAUCAAACCAUGAAAAUGCAAGCUUGAUAUCUGCUGGAAAACUAGAUUCUUCUAAUGGAUUUUCUGAACAAGUGCUCAAGCCUGGAAGGAAACGGAGAGUUAAGAACUCUCGUCUGGAUGGCUCUGCUGAUCCAUGGCCAGAGCAAAGGCAGAACAAUAAGAGGAGGAAGCAACAAGAAGAUGCUGCUGUAAUUUUGUCCCCAGAUGCUAACAACCACAGUGUAACUUCAAACCAGGAAAAUGCACCAAAGGCUCAACAUUUAACUGAAGAAGAUUCUGAAAAUCAUGUACAAGUUGCAGAGAGAAUCAUUAAAAUUUCAGAAGUGACUUGUGAGAUAGCUCAUAUAGACAAUUUCCCAAAUCAAGAAAAGGUAGAGCAACAGUUGAUUCCUGAAGCAACAUGUGAUCAUAGUGCUGUUCAAGAUGGUGGAACAAAUGGUCAUGCAAACCAGGGAUAUGUAGAUCAUAGCUUGCAGCCAUGUGGCUUGGAAGCACCGGAAAUGUUGAAAGACCAAUUGGGAAAUGAUGGACGUGUUACCGAGCAACAACAGAUUCAUAAAGAUGCAUUGGAAACAGGUGAUCUGAUAGUGGAAGAUUCUGAUGCUGUCAAAUCUGACAACAGUGAGAAGGUUGCUAAGGAUAAUAGAAGAAGGACAAGAUCUGAGCAGAAGCUGUAGACUUGUUGCUCUUGCUUGCAGCUAUAGUUUGUCGCUUGUGUUCAUAAUCAGGCUUGCAUACCGGUACAUUCUCCUUACUUUCGGUUUUAGGACUUGCCCGUCGGAUAACAAAGUGUUAUCAAGCGGGCUAGGCUACUAAUCCUUUCCUGUCUGCGGAAGGUAGUGUUGGAAGUACUAAUUAUACUUGGUCUGAGUUGAGUUCUGAUGCAUGGUGACUUGGCUCGUGGUAUCUCCAAAUGUGCGGUUGGAUCAUGUCAAAAUGAGUGGGAAAUUUGUAAAUGCUGUGUCUAUUAUUUUGGGUUUUUGUGGGGCUAGUUUUUAAAUGUCUAGUAUGUCCUUAAGUAGGAGGUUCCAAACUUCUGUACAGGGGAAUUCUGCUGCGUCGUGUCUGGCUUGUGUGUUUUUGUGCUUGGUUAUUCUGUUAAAAGUUAGUAUGAUGCCUUGUUAAGAUUCGACUACCCCCUAAUUUGGUGCUGGGAAGCAUGGAAAUGAGAUUAGGUUUUUUUUUUUUUCUUUUUUAAUUUAAAAAGAAAAACCCUUUGGCAGUACGAAUCAGGAUUUUUUCUUGUCAUGCUGGGGGUAUGAUAGUAGUGUGAAUGCUCAAAGUAUAUUUUAAUUA